AACAUGUCUGUGUGGAAUCAUUCAAGCACCACUGAGUUUAUUCUCCUGGGAAUCACAAGCCGAAUGGAGCUGAAACUGCCCCUCUUCUUUCUGUUCCUUCUGAUCUACAUUGUCACCCUGGUGGGGAACAUAGGGAUGAUCUUGCUCAUCAGGAGAGACCCUCGCCUCCACACCCCCAUGUACUUCUUUCUCAGUAACUUGGCUUUUGUGGAUGUCAACUAUUCCUCAGCCAUCACACCCAACAUGUUAGUCACUCUCUUGGCAGAGAACAAACGCAUUGGGGUCAUUGGAUGUGCAACUCAGAUGUUUAUGUUUGUUAUAUGUGGGAGUUCUGAAUGCCUCUUGUUGGCAGUGAUGGCGUACGACCGGUAUGUGGCUAUCUGCAACCCACUGCGUUACCCCAUCAUAAUGUCAGGGAAAAGGUGCAUGUGGCUAGUAGCUGGUUCCUAUUUCCUUGGAAAUUCUUAUGCAGUUCUACAUACAGUGUUUACCUUCACUCUGUCCUUUUGUGGGCCAAAUGUGAUCAACCAUUAUUACUGCGACAUUCCCCCACUGCUACAGCUUUCUUGUUCAGAUACGCACACCAACGAGACGGUGAUAUUUGCACAGGUUAGCAUAAAUUGCGUUGGCACGACAGCAAUCAUCUUGCUCUCCUAUGCCUGUAUCUUGGCCACCAUUUUGAAGAUCCAUUCUGCCGAGAGCAGGCGCAAGGCCUUUUCCACCUGCACAUCCCAUCUGACAGUUGUCAGCUUAUUCUAUGGGGCAAUUUUCUUCAUGUAUCUGAGGCCCAGCUCCACGUACGCACUAGAGCAAGACAAAGUGGCCUCGCUAUUCUACACGGUGGUGAUGCCCAUGCUGAAUCCCCUCAUCUACAGCCUGAGAAACAAGGAGGUUAAGGAUGCAUUUUGGAGACUGCUUGGGAAGACACUGCCAUUGUAA